GCGGCCAUAUUGCAGUGAUAACCGCGCGGCGGGCGGACGAGAAUCGAGGCCGGUGCGUGGGCCGCCCCCCGCCCGCGCCAGGUGCCGCUCCGGACCGCGCCGGUCUCUGAGCCUUCCCGUGGAUUUGCGCGGCCAAAAUUCGGUGCUUCUGCCGUAUUUUUGUGUGUCAGUGAGCCCACCGGCGCGGUCUCGGUGCGGUACGUGCGGCCGACCGACAGAGCUCAGUGCAGUGUGUGGGGCCAGUCGGCCCGAGUGCCCUUGUGUGAUGUGUGUAGGAGACGCGUGACCGUGGACCGUCUGCCUCGUGGGGACGAUGAGGGAACAGGAAGGCGACGGCCCAGAAAGCCGUUAGCCGGACUCGAUGGACGAGUAUGGCGGGCCGGCGGCGCCGCCCCGGCCGCCCAAGCCGGCGGCGCGCGUGCACCGCGCGGGCGCGGCCGGCGGCGCGGGCGGCGCGCGCCAGCCCGCCGUGUCGCUGCUUCGGCCGCGCCCCGAGACCGAGCGUGAGCGCAACGCAUACGUCGAGGCGCCGCGCCGCGCGCCGCCCGCGCCGCCUCACCGCCACGCCGCCGCGCAGCCGCUUAAGCCGGUGACGGCGCAGCCCGGCGCCAAGCGGCGCGUGCCCACCGCCGACUCGAUCGUGUGCGAGGCGUGCGGGCGCUGUCGCUGCGCGCAGUGCGCGCGGCCGCGGCCGCUGCCGUCGCGCUGGCUGUGCGGAUCGUGUCUGUGCAGCGCGGAGGCGUGCGUGGACUACGCGUCGUGCAUGUGCUGCGCCAAGGCACUGUUCUACCACUGCGGGAGCGGCGAGGAGGAGGCGAGCGAGCCGUGCGCGUGCGGGCCGCGGCUGGCGUGCGUGGCGGCGCUGGCCGUGCCGCUGCCGUGCCUGUGGCUGUACUGGCCGCUGCGCGGCUGCGCGGCGGCGGGCGCGGCCGCGUACGCGCGCUGCCGCCGCGCCGGCUGCCGCUGCCCCGAGCCGCCGCCGCUCUCCAGUAUUAUCUAGUCCCGCCGCCCGGGCGCCCGCGUUGUACAAAUAUUUAUUGGCGAGCGGAGAGCUCCGGAGCGGACCGCGCGGGGUGGACUCGGAUCGCUCGCGGUCGAGUGUGUGCAGUGAGGGCGCGGGGCGCAGGACAGAGCCGCCCCGCGCCAGAGUGCUCGUCUCUUGUAAAUAUAGUCGUAGUGUGUGAAUGUACGUGAACGUGUCGCCCGAACGCAAAGUCUCAAAUUUUCUUGAGACCGAAACGUGUCAUAAGAAAACGCUAACAUUUAGUAUUUUUGGAUUCCACACAAAUCCAAGGAAGAAGAUUAAGAAAAUGAGAUAUAAAACAUACUUAUUAAGAUGUAGAUAAUUUACCAUUUAUUUAUUAACUGAAUUUGUAUUUAUUUGUAAAUAAAACGACAACAUUAUAUUAUAAAUACGAAUGUUUACUACAA